AUGGCAAAAGCCGUUCGGCAUCGUGGCCCCGACUGGAGUGAGUGGAACACAAUCCCUGUCUUGAUGCUGCACCCUGCGCUUCUUAUCACGAUAAGUAAUGGGCUAAUGGAUGGUCGCGAUCAGGUGGUAACUUUAUCGCGAACAACACAAGUUAUCCUCGCGCACGAGCGUUUGAGUAUUGUCGGUGUCGAGUCCGGCGCCCAGCCCUUGGUCAACGAUGACGGGACAUUGGCUCUCGCUGUCAAUGGAGAGAUUUACAAUCAUCGAAUCUUGAGGAAAGGGUUGAAAACUCCAUACCAGUUCAAGACACACUCCGACUGCGAAGUUAUCAUUCCAUUGUACCUGGAACACGGUAUCGAUGCUCCGAAAUACCUCGAUGGAAUGUUCUCAUGGGUUCUUUUUGACAAAGAACAAGACCGGGUAGUUGCUGCAAGAGAUCCCAUUGGAAUCACUAGUUUCUACCAAGGAUGGUCUUCCCAGACGCCUAAUACCGUCUACUUCGCAUCCGAGCUGAAAUCGCUUCAUCCUGUUUGCGACACGAUUAUCGCAUUCCCUCCUGGCCAUGUUUAUGACUCCAAGACCAACACUACCUCGCGCUAUUAUGAGCCGAAGUGGUGGGAUCCAACCAAUGUCCCUUCAGCACCAGUUGACUAUAAAUUAAUUCGAGAUUCCUUGGUCCGAUCUGUUCGCAAGCGAUUGAUGGCGGAGGUGCCUUACGGCGUUUUACUGUCUGGAGGACUAGAUUCCAGUUUAGUCGCCUCGAUUGCUCAGCGAGAGACUUUGCGCAUGGCAGCGGUACCAAGUGGUGCAGUAACAAACGAGGAAUCUGGCGCAGCUUUGGUAGGAAUUGACGACGCUAACGAACUUUCUACCGUGACUUCGUUCUCCCAGUUGCAUUCUUUUUCCAUUGGUCUUCCAGGGGCCCCUGACACCAAGGCUGCUAUAGAAGUCGCUAAUUUCCUUGGAACUAAGCAUUAUGCUUUUACGUUCACCGUCGAAGAUGGGCUCAACGCUCUUUCAGAUGUGAUCUAUCAUCUGGAGACGUAUGACGUAACCACAAUCCGCGCUUCCACGCCAAUGUAUCUGCUGAGCAGAAAGAUCAAAGCAAUUGGUGUAAAGAUGGUUCUCAGUGGUGAGGGUAGUGACGAAAUCUUCGGUGGCUACCUGUAUUUCCAUGCUGCUCCAGACAAGAAAGCAUUUCACGAGGAAACGGUCCGACGAGUUAAGAACCUGCAUUUCGCAGACUGUUUGAGGGCCAACAAGUCUACUUCCGCAUGGGGCCUUGAGGCUCGUGUGCCUUUCCUGGAUAAAGACUUUUUGGAGGUCUCUAUGGCGGUUGAUCCGCAGGAAAAGAUGAUCACAAAGGACAGAAUUGAGAAAUACAUCUUGAGAAAAGCGUUUGACACAUCUGAUGAGCCAGACACGAAGCCUUUCCUUCCUGAUCACAUCUUAUGGCGCCAAAAGGAGCAAUUUAGCGACGGUGUCGGCUAUUCCUGGAUUGAUGCCCUGAAGGAUAACGCUGAGCUCCAUGUGACGGAUGAGAUGAUGAAGAACCCGAAGCCAGAAUGGGGAAGCGAUAUCCCAGACACCAAGGAAGCGUAUGUCUUGCUUCAAAUCCCAUUUGAGGUAUUGUUAAUCAAUGUGUUCUCUAGGUACUGGUAUCGGAUGAUGUUCGACGAGCAUUUUCCACCCUCUUGCGCAUCGACUGUAGUACGAUGGACGCCAACAUGGUCAAAACAGACUGACCCUAGUGGACGGUAG